AUUACGUAAUUUGGUUUUGUUUCGUUCUACUUAGUGUGAAUUUAUCAUAUUUACUUUUUGUUAGUCUUAACAUACUGUUUGUUUUUGUUACAGUUUUUAAUUGAAGAUGGACUAUUCAAAUUGUAUAGGACCAGUGUCAAUAUGAUUAACAUAUUUAAAAGAGCCAGAAGAAACCCAUGACAAAAUGAAUGUGAAUUUACUUUCUAAAAUAUUUUGAAAAUUUUAUCCUUCUGCACUUAUCAUGUAAAAUUAUUUUAGUUUUACAAUAUUAAAUUUUUUCAUUUAAAGAAAAAUGCCAUGGAACAUUUGAACUGAUGAGCCACAGAAUUUCAGUUUUUUGUUUUGUUUUGUUUUUUUAGCAUGCUACCUGUAUAUCUAAGUUAAACCUUCUGCUUAGUGGCUAUUUAUAAAUUCAGGCACUACCACUGGUCAGUUUUGUAUAACAGAAUGAAAGUACGUUAUCUACAGUGUAAGUAUAGCACGCUGUCAAAUUCUUUUCCUUAAGGUGCAUAGUAUAAUGUACAAUAGUCAUAGGUUACUAUUUUGUAAUGUAUUAAUUUCUAAUCUGUUAUUGCUAACCUAUUAUAAAUGUUUGCAGAGACAAAAGAAUUGAAUUUUUUAAAUGAUCUGUAUAAUUAUGCUGACUUCUACAAGGAGGCAUUCUAAAUAAAAUUUUAAAAAAGAGCAAACUGAUCAAAAAGACCGUUGACUAUAAAUAUGGUGACUAAAUUACAUAGUGCUAAUUUUUAUUAUUAUUUUAAUUUAGUUUGGAGUAAUUGCAAAGAAUGGUGAAAGGUUUUGGAAUGGAUUUAACAGAAUCUCUACUAUAAAAAAAUUUUUUUUUUUCUACUAUAUGCUUUACUUGGUGCUUUAAAUCCUUCUUGAAUCCUAUAACAACCUUAAGUGGAAGUUAGAUUUUAUAGAUAGACUUGAAGUGGACGAUAGCUGGAUUUUUCUAGGUUUCUUGGGUACUGUGGAAUCAUUUUUGACUCAGGAUGACCCGAAGUGAGAGCAGAACUCAAUAGGGUUUUCUUGGAUAUAAUCUUUAGGGAAGCAAAUUAUCAGGCUAAGAUAAAUGACUCUAAAAGCUGCACAGUAAAAGUGAUACUGAGCACAAAUUUGAACUUGUCAGUCUGUGUCUGACUCGUGCCCUUGCUCUUUCCACUGUACUCUUAAAGAACUCUGAUCUUAGCACUUUAUUUUCAAAUGUUAGGAAUACUCCACUGCUCAAAGUAACGUAACCCUUUUGUGAUGGGUACCAAUAAACCAGUUGCCAUUGAGUGGACUCCUACUCAUGGCUACCCCAUGUGUUUCAGAGUAGAACUGUUCCAUAGGAUUUUCAAUGGCUGAUUUUUCAGACACAGACCACCAGGCCUUUCUUCUGAGGUGACUCUGCGUGGACUUGAACUUCAACCCUUUGGUUAGCGACUAAGCGUGUUAACCAUUUGUUCCACCCCAAACCAAACCAUACUGAAUGCACUUAGAUGAGUUCCAAGAAGUCAUUCCUCUCUGGUUUCCCUCCCUUUUUCGACUGCCCCCCCCAUUCCAUUCUUGGGCUCCCCAUUCUUGCUUCUGGCUGAUAGUCAGUUGGUUCAGUCUUAUUAAUUGGAGGGGAAGAGAAAAGGAGGGCCUAAGAUUUCUCCUGUUCUGUGCUGAGGAUUGAGGGGAAAGGAAAACAGGUUGUUCAACCUCAAUGCAACACCUACAAAAUAAAUCAUUUUCUUGCUAAUAUUGGUCACAUGCUGUAUCUCGAAUAGGUGUUGUGCUAUUAUGCCAAUCUUAAUCUUCUCCACCUUACAAAAUGUAUCCUUUCUUUGGAUGGUGAGCCAGGAGAGUAGUGACCUGCCAGAGUAAUUCUGUAGGUAUGCUAGAAGUAUUUGAGUGUUACUGUAUGGUAAACAUUCUCACCCUUCUCAAAACCCUGUGAUUUUUCUUUUACAUGUCUAUUUUCUCAUGGAGAGAAGUGGGAACCAAGGAGAUUACUUCCUGAAUGUCAGAGAUAAGUAAAUGGCAGAGAAAACCCAAAGCCCCAUGUUCUUAACCAAUUCAUCCUCAAGAGAGUGUGUCUACCCUUUAAUGUAUGAAACAGUGUGGUCUUUGUGCCUUUGAAUGUACCCAGUAAUCUUAGGGCACUAUUUUAUUAAAGCUUACCGAUGUAGUUAAAUGACUUAAGUCUUAACAUCUAUCACCACUGCUAAAGAAAAAAUAAAUGGUGGUGGCUGAGGUUUUAUAGUAAUACCUGAGCCCAGGAAAUGUGGCAAAGACCCGUGCGGAAAGAACAAAACCUGCAGCUUAUAACCGCUUUCCAUCUGUCCUGCAUCCUGAAACUGCUUUCGAAAAUGGGAAGCGUGAAAGCGACUGAUGGGGUGUGGACAGAGUAUGCGGGAAGCCAAAGUAGAGCGUCUGCUACAAAACGAGAGUCCCUUUACUGGAGGGGAGGGCGCGAACCACCCAUGCUGUCCAUUCCUUCCCUUAUAGGCUGUUGCGCGGACUUCGGAAGUAAGUUUCUCGCAAGACGGCAGGGAUUUGGGGGGGCGCUGAAGCCAAAGGAAAGGAAUUAUUUCACCUAGCGAGCCCGGAGAGGGUUUACGGUUUUGCUGCAGGGAUUGUUCCUAGGAAGUUACAGCUUUUUUCUAUCUUCGCGGGCUACUGGCCUCACUCCUGCGACUGGCACAGCUAUGAACCCUUUUCCGCAGAGCGGAAGGAGAGGAGAGAGGGACAGCCCGCUCGCCCAACCAAAAAGCCCCGCUGCCCCAGCUUCCGACGUCGUUUCCGCCCUUUCCGCUUCCAGCAACGCCGCGUCCCGUUGGUCUUGGCGUUCCGCAAGUUGGCGGCUGAAGAGACUGAGACGGGAAAGCUAUGGCAGCCGCCGCAUCUGUGAAGGCUGCGUUGCAGGUUGCCGAGGUGCUGGAAAGCAUCGUAAGCAACUGCGUGGGGCCUGAAGGGCGGCAAGUUCUGUGUACGAAACCCACUGGCGAGGUGCUGCUAAGCCGGGACGGAGGCCGCCUCUUGGAGGCGCUACACUUAGACCAUCCCAUAGCCAGGAUGGUGGUGGCAUGUGUUUCCAGUCAUCUCAAAAAAUCAGGAGAUGGUGCUAAAACAUUUAUUAUCCUUCUUUGCCAUUUGCUCAGAGGACUCGAUGCAGCCACAGACAAAGAAGAGGAUUCUUUGAUUUCUGAAAAUAUUCAAACCCAUGGAAGGCAUUGGAAAAAUUGUUGCCAGUGGAAAUUUAUUUCUCAAGCUCUUCUAAGUUUUCAGACACAAGUCUUAGAUUACUUUAUGCACCAGUGCUUAAGUAGACACUUUUUGUCCAUCUUUUCUUCAUCCACUCAAGAGAAAACGUUGUGUAGGAGCUCUGUAGAGUUGCUUUUAGAAGCAUACUUUUGUGGAAGAGUGGGAAAAAAUAAUCACAAAUUUAUUUCACAGUUGAUGUGUGACUACCUUUUCAAGUGUAUGGUUUAUGAAAGUGGGAUUGAAGAAGUAUUUGAAUUAGUGGAUGACUGUUUUGUGGAGUUGAAUGUUAGUGUCACUGGCCUUCCUGUUUCAGAUUCCAGGAUCAUAGCCGGACUUGUGCUUCACAGAGAUUUUUCUGUGUACUGCCCAGCAGAUGGUGACAUAAGAGUGGUGAUAGUAACGGAAACCAUUCAACCUCUUUUUUCAAUUUCUGGAUCAGAGUUUGUUCUAAAUUCAGAAGCACAAUUUCAGGCAUCUCAAUUUUGGAUUAUGGAAAGGACGAAAGCAAUAAUGAAAUAUUUACAAAGCCAGAACAUAAAAUUGCUCCUAUCUAGUGUCAAACAACCGGACUUAGUUAUUUAUUAUGCAGAACUGAAUGGCAUAUCAGUAGUGGAGUGUUUGUCAUCAGAAGAAGUUUCUCUCAUUCAGAGGAUCAUUGGUCUUUCUCCUUUUGUACUACCACAGACCUGUUCACAGCAUGAAAUCUCUAACACUGCUUUGGUGAAAUUUUGUAAGCCCCUUAUCCUUAAAUCCAAAAGGUAUGUUCAUCUUGGCUUGAUUAGCACAUGUUUGUUUAUACCACACUGUGUAGUUCUUUGUGGACCAGUGCAGGGUCUUGUUGAACAACAUGAGGAUGCUUUACAUGGAGCAUUUAAAAUGCUACGGCAGUUAUUUAAAGACUUUGAUAUAAGUUACAUGACACAAGCCAAUGGCCAAAAUUAUACAUCAAGUCCUCUUCUUCAUAAGAAUAGUAGAGAAAGUGAUCUGUUACCAGAAAUUGGUAAUGACUCAAUGCAAAGGUCAUAUCAGGGCACAGUUGUAAAGAACGAAAAUGAACUGACAACCAUUCGAACACGUUUAAUAGUAUAUUCGAAUCCGGAGAUUCCAGGUGUAGAAUUAGAAACAUACAUUCCAUGUUCAAUAUCAAAACUGACACCAACAGAUACAUACGAAACAGAUUACACACUAAAAUGUUUAUCUCAGAACAAAACCAGGGUAAUUGAUGACCGUGAAUCAUUAAUUGAGAGUAAGUUCACUGCUAAUUCAACAGCAGAAAACACUAGAAUAGGAAUGUCUUAUGAAAAUGUACAGGUCACAAAAAGUGUUAGCAAAGGGAACACGUUACCUGUGAGUUAUAAGUCACUGAAGAGUUAUUGUUCCUCAUCUAUCCCAGCAGGUUGUGUUUUGCCAGUGGGAGGUAAUUUUGAGAUUUUGUUACAUUACUAUCUUCUCAACUAUGCCAAAAAAUGCCAACAAUCAGAGGAAACCAUGGUUAGUAUGUUAAUAGCUAAUGCACUUUUAGGCAUUCCUAAAAUCCUUUAUAAGUCUAAGAAAGGAAAUUACAGCUUUCCACAAAUAUACAUAAGAACUCUUCAAGCACUGCAAACCAGUCAACCCAUGGUAAGCACUCAGACAGGCUUGGAAUCAGUAGCUGGUAAAUACCAGUUACUAACUUCCGUUCUUCAGUGUUUGGAAAAAAUUUUAAGCAUCGAUUUAGUAAUCAAUAUUAAGAGACAACCUCAGAAAGUUUAUGAUCAAGAUUUAGAAGAUGAACUAUAAAAUUGUAAGUUCUUUUUUAACCAAAUUUUUAAUCCAAUUCAAGCUAUAAAAUUGAGCGGGUAUGUGACCACUGAUUUUCACGUCAGUUCAAUCUGGUUAGACAAACAGCAUGACUUAAAACUUCAGUCUUUAAAGGUAAGUAAGGCCACUGAAUGGGGGAAGCCAGUUCUGGCUAAGCGUAUCUUUUUCUUCCCUCUUACAUGUCUCUGUGUUGUACCUCUUUGUUAGUCUGUGUGUUUUGGGGGAUUGUUUCUUUAUACUUCUUCCGUUUUACUUUUCUGUUUCUUUUUUCACUGUUCAUCUCUCCACCUUUUUGUGUUUAACUCAGAAUCUUUUAUCUCAAAUGUGGGCAAGGUCUUAAAAUGCCCUCCUAUUUUAAUUGUUUAUAAUUUAAAACAUAUUAUCUGCUUCAUUUAAAAUGAUUUUUUUCCCUAUUUGUAAUUUCUAAAGCAGUGAGUAAAAAGUCUCAGUUCUUUUUCUCAAGAAGCAUAGAAAUUAAAUUAGUUUUUACUUUUAUGUGGCCCUCAGUUUAUUUGCAUUUCAUGUGGAAACACCUGGAUAGAUUCUCCCUAUCUUUACACCUUACACCAUUGAAUAUAUGUCACCAGAAAUACGAUUUUAUGCUUUGUGAACUUGAUUCUGUAGUUAAAAGUCAGUACCAGAAAGGAUAUGAAAUCCAUGCUUUCAUUUUCUGUCCCCUAAAAGCUUGUAAAGAUAAUGGAUGUACUUGCUUGUUUUUCUUGUUUUUGGUACACAGCUAAGAGUUCAGUAGUAGCAGGUAAUUUAAGAACUACUAUUUCUCAUGUGAACUUACAAAUGUAUGUAUUUUACUUUACAAGUUUAUAAAUGCAAAUUUAACUAUGCAUAUAGCCAUGGGUAAGGACAAUGUCUCCUCCUUUUGUGUUCUCUGGUAACAUCUAAAACAGUGCUAUAUUUAUACCAAAUAUUCAAAAGUGCUUGUUGAAUAAAACAGCAUUAUCUUUAAUCCACUUCUCCAAAGACAUAUUUCCAAUUUACUAAUUGAACUAAUUCUUACUGAGUGCUUACUCUGUGCCAGAUACAAUGCCAGAUGCUGAAUAUACAGUGCUGAACAAAAUAGACAUGAUUCUUGUCCUCAUGUACCUUUCUCAAAGGUUAAUAGAAAAAAAUAACCCAAUUAAAAAAUGGGCAAAGGAUAUGAACAGGCACUCUUUUGAAGACAUUCAGGCAGCUAACAGAUACAUGAGGAAAUGCUCACCAUCAUUAGCCAUUAGAGAAAUGCAAGUCAAAACUACAAUGAGAUACCAUCUCAGCCCAACAAGGCUAGCAUUAAUCCAAAAAACACAAAAUAAUGAAUGUUGGAGAGGUUGUGGAGAUACUGGAACACUUAUUCACUGCUGGUGAAAAUGUAAAAUGGUACAACCACUUUGGAAACCAAUUUGGUGCUUCCUUAAAAGGCUAGAAAUAGAAGUAGCAUAUGAUCCAGCAAUCCCACUCCUUGGAAUAUAUCCCAAAGAAAUAUUGCAGCGCUGUUCACGGUAGCAAAAAGAUGGAAACAACCUAGGCACCCAACAAUAGAUGAAUGGAUAAACAAAUUAUGGUAUAUGCACACAAUGGAAUACUACUCAACGAUAAAGAAUGAUGAAUCUGAGAAACAUCUCACAACAUGGAUGAAUCUGGAAGGUGUCAUGCUGAGUGAAAUUUGUCGCAAAAGGACAAAUAUUGUAUCAACCACUAUUGUAAGAACUCAAGGUUUAAAUACAGGAGAAAGCAUUCUUUGAUGGUUACAAGGGUGGAAAGGGGAAUUCACUAACUAGAUAGUAGGCAAGAAUUAUCUUAGGUGAAGGGAAGGACAACACACAAUACAGGGGAAGUCAGCACUACUGGACUAAAGCUAAGAAGUUUCCUGAAUACAACCAAACACUUCGAGGACAGAGUAGCAGGGGCGGGGGUCUGGAGACCAUGGUUUCGGAGGACAUCUGGUGUAACAAAGCGUAUUAAGAAAAUGUUCUCCGUUCCACUUUGGUGAGUGGCAUCUAGGGUCUUAAAAGCUAGUGAGUGGCCAUCUAAGAUUCAUCAAUUAGGCCCAACCCACCUGGAGCAGUGGAGGAUGAAAAACACUAAAGAUACAAGGAAAAUAUUAGCCCAAGAGACAAAAGUGCCACACAAACCAGAGACUUCAUCAGCCUGAGACCAGAAGAAAUAGAUGGUGCCUGGCUACCACCAAUGACCGCCUUGACAAGGAACGUAACAGUCCCUGAAGGAGCAGGGGAAAAGUAUGGUGCAGAACUCAAAUUCACAUAAAAAGACCAGACUUAGUGGUCUGACUGAGACUAGAGGAACCCUAGAAGACUUGGCUCCUGGACUGCCAUUAACCCAGAACUAAAACCAAUCCCAAAGUCCACUCCAGACAAAGAUUAGACUGUACUAUAAAAUAUAAAAAUAAUACUGGUGAAGAAUGUGCUUCUUAGUUCAAGUAGAUACACAAGACUAAAUGGGCAGCUCUUGUCUGGAGGUGGGAUGAGAAGGCAGGGAUAGGAGCUGGUUGAAUGGACACAGGAUAGAAAGGGGGAGUGUGCUGUCACAGGGAUUACAACUAGGGUCACAAAACAAUAUAUAAACUUUUGUAUGAGAAUUAACUUGAGCUGUAAACUUUCACCUAAUUAUGAUGGAAAAAAAAGGGCUAAUAGAUAUGUGUAAAUUUACUUGGGUUGGAAUUGAAUUUAGGAAAAUUGAUGAAGUUGAGUAAGUGGUGACUAAUAAUGUAUUUACCACACACAAUUUGCACUGGACUACUAACCCACCCACCAGCACUACAAAAGAAAGACCUGGCGAUCUGCUUCCAUAAAGAUUAUAGCCAAGAAAACCCUAUGGAGCAGUUCUACCCUGUAACACAUGGGGUGGCCGUGAAUUGGAAUUGAUUCUGUGGCAAGAGGUUUGGUUGUUUUUUGUGGUUCUUUUUGUUUGUUUAAUAAUGUAUUUAAAAACCGACAUCCUAUCAUGCAGUAUUGCAUCAUCUUUUACAUUAAGAAUAAUUACAGAUUUUUUUUAAGUUUAUAUCAUGAGACACAUUAUUUCAUUUCUGUGAAAAUGGAGAGAAUAAAUUAGCUGUUUCUUAUAUUGAAUUCACAGGAUCAACCUACUUUGAAAUAGUAUUGUUUAAAAUUUUGUUGUAGUUUUGUUAAAAACUCCUCCAUCUUCUAAAGCAUUCAGACUUUUUCAGACACGCCCAGUACCUUGCAUGUGGUAGGCAUUUAAUAACCAUAAAUAGUCAUUAGUCCAGGAGCCUGUUUGUAAGAUGGAAUUGAAUCUUCACAUGCUCAGCACCUGGUCCAAUAUCUGGUACACAAUAGGUAUCUAAUAAAUGUCUGUUGACAAACUGUUCAGUGAUUAUUCAGUCAUGAUUAUUUUUAUCAAAUUUUCACGGACUAAGGAUAUAUUUUGUGGAAAAGGAGGAUAAAAUGUAGACCUGUUCUACACAACGUUUUUUCUUUAAAAAAAAAAAAAAUCCCUUUAAUAUGGUGAUAAAGCUUUCAUGGGUUGUUCUUAUCAUUUACAAGAUAACACUGGGACAUUUACAUCACUGUAUUAGAUAAGAGAGCACCUUAAAAAUGUAAUUACUUUGCAGUUACAAUACCCUGUCCCACAAAGGAUUUGAGGUGACCUACUAUAAGAACAAACAAAAUUGUGGUAAAAUGUCAGUAAAAAAGAAUCAAGAAAAGGAAAAUGUAAAGACAAUUAGAAGUCAAGACCGUGUUCCUGUUUUCUAUUUCUACACUCUGAAGCUGAUCCUUCUUUGUUUCCAACUUUCGCAUUCCAAUCGCCAGUAAUUAUCAAUGCAUCUUGAUUGCAUGUUUGAUCAAUUUCAGUCUGCAGCAGCUGAUAAGUCUUUUAUUUCUUCAUCUUUGGCCCCAGUGGUUGGUGUGUAAAUUUGAAUAAUACUUAUAUUAACUGGUCUUCGUUGUAGGCGUAUGGAUAUCAUCCUAUCGCUGACAGCGUUGUACUUCAGGAUACACCUUGAAACGUUCUUUUUGACGAUGAAUCUAACACCAUUCCUCUUUGAGUUGUCAUUCCCAGCAUAGGAGACUAUAUGAUUGUCUAGUUCAAAAUGGCCAAUACCAGUCCAUUUCAGCUCACUGACGCCUAGGAUAUCGAUGUUUAUGCGUUCCAUUUCAUUUUUGACGAUUUCCAACUUUCCUAUAUUCAUACUGCGUACAUUCCACUUUCCAAUUAUUAAUGGAUGGUUGCAGCUGUUUCUUCUCAUUUUGAGUCGUGCACAUGAGCAAACGAAGGUCCCAAAAGGUUUACUCCAUCCACAUCAUUAAGGUCGACUCUACUUUGAGGAGGCAGCUCUUCCCCAGUCAUCUUUUGAGUGCCUUCCAACCUGGGGGGCUCAUCUUCCAGCACUUUAUCAGACAGUGUUCCGCUGCUAUUCAUAAGGUUUUCACUGGCUAAUGCUUUUCAGAAGUAGACUGCCAGGUCCUUCUUCCUAGUCUGUCUUAGUCUGCAAGCUCACCUGGAACCUGUCCUCCAUGGGUGACGCUGUUGGUAUCUGAAUACCGGUGGCAUAGCUUCCAGCAUCACAGCAACACGCAAGCCCCCCACAGUAUGACAAACUGACAGACACGAAGAAGGAUCAGUAGUUGGAAAAUAUGGCCUUGGUGAUAGAAACAAUGCUGGAGAUCAAAUGAUAGAAUUUUGCAAGACCAAUGACUUCUUCAUGUGAAUACCUUCUUUCACGAACAUAAACGGUGACUACACACAUGGACCUUCCCAGAUAGAACACACAGAAAUCAAAUUGACUACAUCUGUGAAAAGCUCCAUAUCAUCAGUCAGAACAAGGCCAGGGGCUGACUGUGGAACAGACCAUCAAUUGCUCAUAUGCAAGUUCAAGCUGAAACUGAAGAAAAUCAGAGCAAGUCCACGAAAGCCAAAAUAUGACCUUGAGUACAUCCCACCUGAAUUUAGAGACCAUCUGAAGAAUAGAUUUGAUGCGUUGAACACUAGUGACCGAAGACCAGACGAGUUGUGGAAUGACAUCAAGGACAUCAUCCAUGAAGAAAGCAAGAGGUCAUUGAAAAGACAGGAAAGAAAGAAAAGACCAAGAUGGAUGUCAGAGGAGACUCUGAAACUUGCCCUGGAAUGUCGAGCAGCUAAAGCAAAAGGAAGAAUUGAUGAAGUAAAAGAACUGAACAGAAGAUUUCAAAGUGCCUCUUGAGAAGACAAAGUAAAGUAUUACAAUGACAUGUGCAAAGAGCUGGAGAUGGAAAACCAAAAGGGAAGAACACGCUCGGCAUUUCUCAAGCUGAAAAACUGAAGAAAAAAUUGAAGCCUCGAGUUGCAAUAGUGAAGGAUUCCAUGGGGAAAAUACUAAGCGAUGCAGAAAGCAUCAAAAGAAGAUGGAAGGAAUACACAGAGUCAUUAUACCAAGAAGAAUUAGUCGAUGUUCAACCAUUUCAAGAGGUGGCAUAUGAUCAGAAACCGAUGGUACUAAAGGAAAAGGUCCAAGCUGCUCUGAAGCCAUUGGCGAAAAACAAGGCUCCAGGAAUUAAUGGAAUAUCAAUUGAGAUGUUUCAACAAACAGAUGCACCGCUGGAGGUGCUCACUCGUCUAUGCCAAGAAAUAUGGAAGACAGCUUCCUGGCCAACUGACUGGAAGAGAUCCAUAUUUAUGCCUAUUCCCAAGAAAGGUGAUCCAACCGAAUGUGGAAAUUAUAGAACAAUAUCAUUAAUAUCACACACAAGCAAAAUUUUGCUGAAGAUCAUUCAAAAACGGCUGCAGCAGUAUAUCAACAGGGAACUGCCAGAAAUUCAGGCUGGUUUCAGAAGAGGACGUGGAAACCAGAGAUAUCAUUGCUGAUGUCAGAUGGAUCCUGGCUGAAAGCAGAGAAUACCAGAAGGAUAUCCGCCUGUGUUUUAUUGACUAUGCAAAGGUAUUCAACUGUGUGGAUCAUAACAAAUUAUGGAUAACAUUGCAAAAAAUGGGAAUUCCAGAACAUUUAAUUGUGCUCAUGAGGAACCUUUACAUAGAUCAAGAGGUGGUUGUUCAGACAGAACAAGGGGAUACUGAUUGGUGUAAAGUCAGGAAGGGUGUUCUUCAGGGUUGUAUUCUUUCACCAUACCUAUGCAAUCUAUAUGCUGAGCAAAUAAUACAAGAAGCUGGACUCUAUGAAGAAGAACGGGGCAUCAGGAUUGGAGGAAGAUUCAUUAACAACCUGCUUUAUGCAGAUGACACAACAUUGCUUGCUGAAAGUGAAGAGGACUUGAAGCACUUACUGAUGAAGAUCCAAGACCACAGCCUUCAGUAUGGAUUGUACCUCAACAUAAAACAAAAAUCCUUACAACUGGACCAAUGAGCAACAUCAUGAUAAACGGAGAAAAGAUUGAAGUUGUCAAGGAUUUAAUUUUACUUGGAUCCACAAUCAGUAGCAGUCAAGAAAUCAAAAGAUGCAUUGCAUUGGGUAAAUCUGCUGCAAAAGACCUCUUCAAAGUAUUAAAGAGCAAAGAUGUCACCUUGAAGACUAAGGUGGGCCUGACCCAAGCCAUGGUAUUUUCAAUCGCAUCAUAUGUGUGUGAAAGCUGGACAGUGAAUAAGGAAGACUGAAGAAGAACCGAUGCCUUUGAAUUGUGGUGUUGGCAAAGAAUAUUGAAUAUAUCAUGGACUGCCAAAAGAAUGGACAAAUCUGUCUUAGACGAAGUACAGCCAGAAUGCUCCUUAGAGGCAAGGAUGGCGAGACUGCAUCUUACAUACUUUGGACAUGUUGUCAGGUGGGAUUAGUCUCUGGAGAAGGACAUCCUGCUUGGCAUAGUACAGGGUCAGUGGAAAAGAGGAAGACCCUCAACAAGGUGGAUUGACACAGUGGCUGCAACAAUGAGCUCAAGCAUAGCAAUGAUUGUAAGGAUGGCUCAAGACCGGGCAGUGUUUCGUUCUGUUGUGCAUCGGGUCACUAUGAGUUGGAACUGACUCGACGGCACCUAACAAGAACAACACUGUGAAGCACCCCCAAAAUUUAGUAGAUUUGAAGCAUUUUAUUACCUAUCAUGCUUCUGGGAGUUGUCUGGGUUCAGCCGGACAACUUCCACUGUAUUCUGCUGGUUGAGGCAGUCACAGAGGCCUGCCAAGAUUCAAGGGGAGGGAACCCAGGCUCCCUCACUUGAUGGAAAGUGUCAGUAUCACGUAAGAACAUGUGGGAUGAGAUAUACUGGGGCAGCUAUCUUUGGAAAAUACAAUGUGCCAUGCCAUAGAAGGGAAAAAAGGACAAAUAUGCAUUAACUUCUCAGCUAAGUUUUUUAUAAUUGUUUUCAGAAGUUGCAUGACAGUCCACCUUGCAGAAACCCUUCUUCGCCAAAUAACCAUUAUGAACCUCCUUAUUUUUUCUUAUUGGAUCAGCACAAGCCAUUUUUGUGUGCUUCCCAAAACAGUAAUAAGCAUUAAAUAGUUGAAUUUUUAACAUCCUUGAACUGUUUCAGCCAGGGGAGUUACUUGGUCAUGUUAUGUAAGAAGUGGCUUGGUGUCCAUGUCAGACUUUUUAAAAGCGAGGGAGAUACAAUUUGAGCAUGAACUUUCAUCAGAAAUUAUUAUCUCCUCACAAAAGAAGUAGAAUAUUUGCCUUUCCUGUCCUCACAGCAGAGAAAACAAAAACUACAGCUCACCAAGGUAGGACCCAACACUAAGCUGUGGCCAUGUGGCACAGUGCCCAGCAAACAGGUGCUCCAGGGUGUUAAGUUCUUUGUAUCAGGAAUUUUACAGAACUUAUUGGAAGGAUUUGAAAAAGAAAAUGAAUAGCACAGUUAAUAUAGUUCAGUACUUAGAAUGAACGUAGAAAAUGACAUAUUUAUAAUAGUGAAAGGCUGGUAACAACUCUAGAUGGAUACACAAGCUGAAAGGAGGGGCUAGCAUGGAGAGGAACAGAUGGAUAGGGAGGUGGUUGGAGGAGAUUUCUCACUGUAUACUUUUUAUAUUGUUUUGAUUUUUGAACCAUUUGAAUAUUACAUAUUCGGUAAUGAAAUAAAAACUUAAAAAAUGAUCUAGAGCAAACACAUAGAGAAUGUUCCACAAAUAGUAAUAAAGUAAUGCAAAACAUGGCCUCACAAAAUGCAAGAUCAACAGUGAAGAAAAACUAUGUACGAGACACAGAGAUAAAUCAAUAGAACUUUGACAAUUGAAAAAAAGGGGGGCGGGAAUACAAGCAAAAGAGAAUAUUCUCACUAGUUCCAGAAAUGUGUGAACAUGCUCAUUUGGGAGGUUCCAAAGAGAUGUGAACUCAGAAUUUGGGCCAGGAGUGUAACAUCCUCAGGGGAGUUCCACAGUCCCAGGUCUAACUCCCCUUUAUGCAAACUCAUCAUCAGAUUUUGUCAGUAUGCUGAGAAUGGCUCCAUUUCAGCAGCUGACUCACACUAACCAAGCAUGUGAGUGUGAUCAAUUUAUUUACAAUGAGAACUGUCCCAAGAACUAGAAUAUUCAAAGGCCGUAUGACCAAUACAUUCUUUCCUUAUGGGUAGACCUGUAUGGGAAGUCAAGUAAUAAUCAGAUGAUUGCUCAAAAAGCAUGGAAUCAGAAAAGAAAUCAUAAACUGCAGGAUAGCUUCCCAGUCUGUUCAUGCUCCAGUUCCCCAGGGCUUAGUACUGGCCCUCUUCUCCACCUACA